CUGGGCUGGAGGCCCCCAGCGCCCCUAGUAAUCCGCGAACGGACCUAUUUGUGGCCUUUCGUGCGAUCCGUCGGCAGCAUUGGCCCUAGCUGUGGCUUUUCUUCCCUAGGAGUUACAGGCAAACCUCCCUCUGUCCCUAUUCCGUAGUUCCUCUGCAUGGCUCCUGCCCCGGUAGCCCCGUAUGCUAAUAGGCCGCCCCAGACAUCCUGUCCUUCAUGUUGCCCUUUCUGCAGUAAUGGUGCCAUCCGCCCCGCCCCCUGUCGCAGUGAUGGACCAGGUUAUAUAGUCCUGUGCUGCUGUAACUUCAACAUUGAAUGACUAUCUUCCAAGUCUCCAUUCUACUGUUAUGGCUCUGUCUGUGACUUUGUGGGCCAAGCUGUCCACCCACAGUAGUAAGCCAAACUCAUGACUGUACCUUCAUUGGACUCCUCAAGUUAAUUAAUGGCUCCGUCUGUGGUACCUGCAAUGAGGGGUCAAGCCCUGAUUCUGUGCCCAUCCUUCAUAUUCCCUCUACAUGACAUUUCACCCCCAUAAUCAUACUCUGUCUUCUUCCCCCAUGUCUUCAUGCCCCACUUUGUCCCUUUGGAGUCAUGGGAUGGCCAGUGACCCACAGCUCCCCCUACACUUUGCCUCAUUGUUGUGCUAGAGCCACCCAAAGUCCUCUCUCUUCCCACCUUCAUGCUAACCAGCUGGCUGACUCAUGACCUUGUGUCUGGAGUGAUGGACCCAUCUGUGACCCUGUGGCAGUUUCUGCUGCAGCUGUUGAAGGAGCAGAGUAAUGGGCACCUAAUAGCCUGGACAUCUAGUGACGGGGAAUUCAAGCUGGUAGACGCUGAGGAAGUGGCACGGCUCUGGGGGCUUCGAAAGAACAAGACCAACAUGAACUACGACAAGCUGAGCAGGGCGCUUCGCUACUACUACGACAAGAAUAUCAUCCGUAAGGUGAGUGGGCAGAAGUUCGUCUACAAAUUCGUGUCCUUCCCGGAGGGGCCAGGCCAUGAUGGGGAGGAGGGCCAGGUCCGGGCUGAAAUUCCUCCAGAGCCCCUCCGGCCGCUGAAGGCCUCUCUAGGGAGCAUUGGGUCCUCUGCCCCCACCCCUGUGCGCAGCAGCCGGAAUGACUACAUGCGUUCUGGGCUCUACUCCACCUUCACCAUCCAGUCCCUGCAGCAGCUAAGCCCAGCCCGGCCACCCCGGCCAGUCCCGGAGCCACUUAGCCCAGCCAGCCUCGAGGCCCCAGAAGCCCGAACGCCGCUUCAGGUCAUCUUAAUGGCCCCCGCCGAAGGCCUGGCGGAGGCUGGGGAGGCCGAGGCUUCCGCCGCAGCGGCAUCUUUACUUCUUCCGUCCGAGACGAAGGGGGAGCGGCCUCUGGAGGAGAGGGCUGCUGUUGUCAUGGAGUCUGGCGCGGAGGUCGCUGAGUCGCCGGGCCCCGCCCCCGCGCCCACCUCAGCAGCCGAGGCUCACCCCCCGGCCCCCUCCAAGGGUCGCAAGCCCCGCGAUUUGGAGUUGCCGCUGGGCCCGAGCCCCGAGCCGGCCGCGGCUUCCGGCCUCGGCCCGGCCCUCACGCCCUCCCUGCUCCCCUCCCACGCCCUGACCCCGGUGCUUCUGACGCCCAGUGCGCUGCCCCCCAGCAUCCACUUCUGGAGCACCCUGAGCCCCAUCGCGCCCCGCAGCCCUGCCCGCCUCUCCUUCCAGUUUCCGGCCAGCAGCAGCAGCAGCUCCCAGGCACAUGUGUCUGUCCCCACACUCAGCAUGGACGGCCUCUCCACCCCCGUGGUCCUCUCCCCAGGUCCCCAGAAGCCAUGACUCUUUCUUUCCCAGGGACUUAAAAGACUGCUUUAUUUCAAA